GAGGAUCUUCAGCUACGAGCGACUGGCAGAGGAUGCGCCGAAGUAUUAGGAUUAGAUUAUCUGCAUCUAAGACAUAGGAAUUGAGUGCAGGUGGAACAUAAUAUGGUGGAGCUGUGCCAACAGCUACGUAUACGGUCGAUACAACUGCUACGCUGAAGCAGGUACGUUUAGGCUGGACUUGCGGAUGGUUUUUAACAGUCGGCGACAUCAAGAGUCAAGAUGUUGUGAUAGGAAUGUCGUGGUGUUUAUCGAAAGCAAGGGUUUCAUUUAUGUUCCCUGAGAGAUUCAAGCCAAUGCGUUAAGCUAGCCGCCUCAAGUGAGGAGAGAUUGACACUUCAUUACGGCGUUACGGGGUUAGUGUUCUCGUUCCAGCUUGUUGAUGCAGGAUACAGAUAAUGGGGGUUUGUGAUACAUUUUUAUAAUGCUAAGGGAAUCACCCUGUCCAUAUAUCAUAUCAGCCAAAUAUUCAGAGGAAAACACUUUUAUAUUGUUCUUCCCUUGGUCAUUGACUGACUUCUCAAUUCUACUUGGAUUCUAUCUAUUUGACCUCAUCUUCUACUACUACACGAUGAAGACAUUCAAGCUCUCCAUAAUUGGUGUUUUCACCAUUGCAAGCUUCGUACUUGCUCAACAAGAGACGCCUGCGGUAUGUUAGCCCUUCUCUUCACAUCCUAAACUAUCGACCUAUAGACGUGUAUUAUAGAUGGCAUAUCUGACCUUACUCCAAUUCAGGAUUUUUGCAAGAGAACUGCAGGACCAAAUUACGUUCCUAAGAAUGAUGCGUCGGGAGUCUUUCAAGGGGAGUGCGUUACCGGAGCUGUAGCCAGUACGUCCCCUCACCGAAUUCCUUCCUACUUACAACUUUCUAACACUUCAAAACAGUCUGUCUUGGUACCGAGUAAGUUUCUCAUCCUUUCCUGGUUUGAGACCUACAAGGUAGUCUUCAGGUGAAAUGAUUAAAAACUGAUCCGAGCAAUAAAGGUAUGCGCAAGCUCAAACUGGAGCUACACUUUGCUGUCUUCCCCCAAACACGGUUCAAUCAGCCAGUGGUAAACAAGGGUGCUGCCCUCCUGGGCAAAAUUUUAAAUGGGACGGUAAGUUCGUCCAUCUUCUCUGAAUCCAUUUAUUUGCACACAACCUCUUGUCUAACAUACCCUCUUCUAUCAGGCACGAAUCCUUCCUGCGUUACUCCACCACCUCCGCCGCCGGCCAUCUCCUGCCCCGCUUCAAACAUGCAAGUGGUCAAUCGCAACGGGCAAAACUUCAGAAUCUACUGUCAGCGUUCGGUAAUGGUGUAUACACAUCCUUGGCUAACCACCACAUCCUACGGCAUAUACCGGGCCAUACAGGGCCCUGAAUUGAGAACGAAUGAUUUUGAAACCUGCCUCAACUUACUUGCUAGCAAUCCCAAGUCAAACGGAGCGAACUUUUGGCCUGGUCAGAGCUUGUGCAGUGUUGUUGAUACACCACCCGGAAAUUUCUUCAAGGUGGGGAGUCGUUAUGAUGUCCCGCCUCCACCUUACAAUGGACCGCAGAUCAUCUCCAUGGUUGCCAUACCCAAACGUGCUUAUUAAGCUCAGCUUGUUGGAAAGCUAUGCCGAAGCAUCACGUCAGUUACGGAGAACAGUGUGUGGUCGCAGUAGUUCACAAACAAUACUUCCCUUUGUUAUGAUUCUGUUUUUGUGGAUGUAGAGGAAGCUCGAGGAUUGCGGAUUGAAGUAAAGCUUUAUAGUGCUAGAUCAACCAAUCAAUCAAAUAACUUGGCAAUCUAUUGUGGUUAAUA